CUCGGCGGCGGCAGUGCGACCCCGACGUUGCUGUGCGAGCCCCGAAGACGUCAAACGCCCGUCGUUUGUGCGCAAAUCUAGCAACAAUAUAUCUCAACAAUAACGUGCCGUGAGUUGUCUCGCGUCGUUCUUAUCCACAACGCGUUCGUGUCGAUUGCAGUGCAGUGCAGCCAUUUUAACAAGCGAAUAUCGGACAGGAUAAACAAUUCGCAUCAGACACAAAUAUUGGAUUAUUUUAUUACCGUUACAUUAAGGUCAUCAAUGAGCCUACAGGGCGUUACAAAAACUACAAACAUGUGCUGAUGAAUAAAUAAAAAAGACAUCAAACCAAAAAAAUGAUAAAAUUCAGUGCGCGUGCGCGUUUUGUGUUUAAAUAAUUUUCCUCUUUAAAUUCAACUUCUUUUUCCGCUUUUAAAUGAAAAUGUGUAGAAAAUUAUUGUCGGCGCUGACGGCGCUUGCAAUGCUAGCAUUCACAGCGUCGGGUUUCCUGCUGGACGGCGCAACCAAUUCAUACUCGCAGUUCCGCAAGUGGGGCGGCGGCAUCAACGGCAGUCUAGAGUUUGAGUUCAAAACCGAACAGCCGAAUGGCCUAUUGUUAUACACCGAUGAUGGUGGCACGUAUGACUUUUUCGAGAUCAAGCUGGUCGAAGGCGCGCUGCGGCUGCGAUAUAAUCUCGGCGGCGGCGCGCAGAUCAUCACCGUAGGCCGCGAUCUCAACGACCGCCAUUGGCACAAGGUGCACGUGCAGCGGCACGAGGAACGCACCACGCUGGCUGUCGAUGGACAGUCACAAGUGCGUACAUCGCGUGGUAAAGACUUCACAUUCGGCCGCUUCUCGACUAACUCUGAUGUCUUCGUCGGCGGCAUGCCGACGUGGUACAAUACCAAGCUCACCUUACUCGCGCUGCCGAGCGUCAUCUUCGAGCCGCGCUUCAUCGGAUCCAUUCGGAAUCUGGUCUAUGCGGAUCAAGAGGGUGGUUUACCACGACGGCAAGAGACGCGACCAAAGGAUCAUAGGUGCGACAACGGGAUCGUGGCGGGCGCCGAAGGGGUGUGCAUACCCCAGACGAGGAUGCUGAAGGGGAAUAGCAGCGACGCGUGCGAGAUACGCGACCCGUGUCAACAUGGCGGCAUCUGCAUAUCCACUGACAGCGGCCCCAUCUGCGAGUGCCGCAAUCCCGACUACGAAGGCGAAUAUUGCGAAAAGGAUAAGGCACCAUCUGAGGCGGUUUUCCACGGCGCUGAGUAUUUAUCUUACGAUUUGACCAAGAAAGGUGGGGAGCCUAUUGUCAGCGCACAGGAUUCCGUUACGUUUUACUUCAAGACACGACAACCCAAUGGGUUGUUGUUCUAUACAGGUACAGGAGAUAACAAUGAUUAUCUGAACGUCGCCAUUAAAGAUGGCUGCUUGAUGCUUACAAUGGGUCUUGCUAAUGGGAAACAGGAAAUGCAGAUACGACCAAACAAAGUGCGUUUUGACGACAAUCAAUGGCAUAAAGUUAGUGUUCAUCGGCGAAUUCAAGAGAUUUCAGCAAUAACCAGUUUCUGUCGGUUGUCGGCAGUUGUGGAUGGCGUCUACGCCGACCACUCGCAUAUCGCCGGCAAGUUCACGAUGCUCUCGUCGAGCCGGCUGUACGUGGGUGGCAGCAUCAACGUGCGCUCGCUACCCGGCUCGCGCGUUCACACCAACUACGUGGGAUGCAUGCGAAAGGUGGAGUUCGUGGCGGACACGCUGCGAUUGAAUCUGCUAGAACUGGGGCGAUCCGGCAACGAUCUGAUUCAGGUCGUCGGCCGGCUCGAAUACAAAUGCCCGUCGGGCGAGACGCACGAUCCCAUUACGUUCACGACGAGGGAAUCGCAUUUGAUCCUGCCUGCGUGGAAUGCAAAGAAAAGCGGCAGCAUAACCUUCAAGUUUCGCACAAACGAAUCCAACGGUUUGAUCCUAUUCAAUGGCGGCAUACGACGACCAAGAGCUGAUCUGUUUGCGAUUGAAGUCUUCAAUGGGCACAUCUACGUGCAUCUGGAUCUAGGCGCUGGGCCUGCGAAGCAGCGAGCGUCGCGACGACGAAUCGACGACGGGAAAUGGCACGAGGUCGCAUUCAGACGCGCGGGGCGCGAUGCUCGUAUCACCGUGGAAGGUUUUCACACGGAUUUCAAGACACCCGAGGGCUCAACUAGUCUGGAACUGGACGGAAAUCUGUAUGUCGGUGGGCUUGGACCGCCAUUCACGGACGUGCCAGUGCCGUCCGGAUUGUGGACCGCAGUCCUGCAGCAGGGCUUCGUUGGGUGCUUCAAGGAUCUGGUCAUGAAUAACGAACCGGUCGACGUUAGCGGAUACGCCAGAGAGCAAGAUUCCGGAGCUAUUAAAACUCUCUGCCACGCAACUCCGGAACAAUGUCCAUCGCAACCAUGUUUAAAUGGUGGAGUAUGCACCGAGGGCUGGAAUCGCUUUGUCUGCGACUGCACCGAGACCAUGUUCACCGGUCCGACAUGCGGGAAAGAAGCAGCAACGUUAAACUUCAACGGUAGUCAACACAUGGAGGCCACCAUGGACCAAGAACAGCUCACUCAAACAGAGGACAUCGUCCUGCGUUUCAGAACAAGCAAACCUCUCGGUUUACUCUUGAUUACCAGCACGGUACAGACUGGGGAUCGCAUUGAGUUGGCUGUUGCCGCCGGGCGAAUUAGGAUGGCUCUGCGACUGGGGGUCAAAGACAAGAAGCAGGAAGAUAAGGAAAAAGAUAAGAUCUUAAUGGCCGGCCAGAACGUGAACGACAACGAAUGGCACACGGUGAAAUUCUCCAGGCGCGGUGCGAACCUCAAACUGCAACUAGACGGACAACCUCCAAACAGAGCUGAAACCUUUGGAAAGUAUAACACUCUGCAAUGGCGCACAAUCCACCUGGGAGGUCUUUAUCACCAGGAAGAAGAAAUCUCUAUGACCACAACAGUUCCCAACUUUGUCGGUGAUAUCCAACAGUUCUAUCUGAACAACAUUCCUUAUAUCGAGCUAGCACGCUCCUCUAGUUCAGAUCAAUCAAUCCUGGGUUUCCCAAAUAUCAAAGUUGCAGCUAAAUUUAUCAAACGCGCGACGGAUAAUCUGCAUCGACCUGUGACCUUCCGGUCAAAACACACAUUCAUGGGCAUGCCAAUGCUACGGGCUUACUCCUCAAUUCAUAUUGACUUCAUGUUCAAAACAAGGGAACCUAAUGGUCUUAUCAUGUUCAAUGGAGGGAAGAAAGAGGAUUUCCUCGCGGUGGAACUGGUUGAAGGUCAUGUUAACUAUGUGGUCAACGUUGGUGAUGGGCCGAUUCAUAUCAGAGACACAGUACGGACUAAUCUGAAUGAUAACAGAUGGCAUACUGUUGGGAUUAGGCGACCAUCUCUGAAACAACACACAUUGAUGGUUGAUGAGGAUAUUGUGGUUUCCACUAAUGAUGGAACUGGAAAUUUGGAACUAGAUGGAAUCUUGUAUCUAGGUGGUGUGCAUAAGGAUCUGUAUGCUCAGUUGCCUCAAGAUGAUGUGAGGUCUAAACAUGGGUUUGAAGGAUGCUUAGCUGGAAUUGAUUUAAAUGGAGAGAGUCCAAAUAUUAUGGAAGAAGCAGUCGUUCAUAGCUCUUUGGUUACUGCCGGAUGUGAAGGUAACACUGGACAAUCACAAAAAUGCAGUCAGAAUGUUUGUGCAAACGGAGGACUUUGUGUUCAGCAAUGGAAUGCUUAUACCUGCGAUUGUGAGAUGACCACAUUCACAGGUCCCACAUGUUCUGAUGAAUCGGUUGCUUAUGAAUUUGGACCUAAUCGAGGAAUUGUCACUUACACCCAUCCGGAAGACCGUCGUCCUGAAUUACAAGAAGACAGCAUAUCGUUAGGGUUCCUCACUACUAAAGCAGAUGCAGUUCUGUUACGCAUCGUCAGUGGGACAUCCAAUGAUUAUAUCGAAUUGGAAAUUGUGGAGGGUAACAUUUUCAUGGUCUACAACCUUGGCACAAAUGAUCAUCCGCUCGGUGACAUCUCUGUGAAGGUUAAUGAUAAUCAGUACCAUGUUGUGCGAUUCAAACGCUCCGGGGCAAAUUCAACUCUGCAAGUGGACGACUACAAUGUGCAAUAUUCUUAUCCUACAGGACAUCAGCUGCACGUAUUCAACAGCCAAUCGCAGAUUCAGAUCGGUGGCAAGUGGAGCAAGGGCAAGUCAAAGAUUGAGCGCUCGUUCGUCGGUGUAAUCUCCGGUGUGGUGGUCAACGGCAUGCGAAUUUUAGACCUGGCCGCCGAUAAGGAUGUUCAUACGUCCAUCAGAGGAGACGUCCAGCUGAUAUCUAAUAUUUUAGAUCGACACGGAUCGGAUUCUCUGCAGAAGAUGCAACAAACGCCCGCCUCCGGCUUUCCGGGCGUGAUGGAUGACUUGGUCUUCAGCGGCGCCGGGUCCGGAUGCAACGGCGACGACGAAGACGAAUGCCCCCCGCUGCCAGAGUCCGGUUCCGGCGACGAUGACCUCAUCACACCCGUCUACACGCCGACCACAAGACCACCGCCCACCGCUAAGCCGCCCCGACGACAGCAGACCAAAGAAGACGGUAAGCCCUGCGAUGACGAAGACUGUUUCCCGGGAUCCGGUUCGGGAGAGGUGACAGAGGAUGGUGGCUCUACCACUACAACCACCUCUAAAGAAACAUCAUCGGGAUCCAGUUUUGUUACAACUGAUGUCAGCUCAAAGAUGACAGAAGGAUCUUCAUCUGCGGGUACAGGAACACACUCAACAACUACCACCGCCGAUGGAACAGCAGGUGUUGGAGGUGGUCAUCAUACCUCAACAGGAAUUUCAACAAGUACUGGAACAACGCGCCAUGAAACCCCAAGUACCACUGAUCAGGAAACAACCAAGUACACAACCCCACUCACCUCAACAGAGAUGAGAACCACAACAACCACCGAACGGUAUAUUGAACCGCCUAUAACGCGUCCUCAUCCUCCACCUAUCAUCGACUAUCCUGCUUUCCCUCCAACUAAAAACCCGCGUAAACGACCCGAACGAGUCAGUUCUGAAACAUCGGAGAUUGUCGCCUUAAUCAUAGGCAUCAUCGCGGGUGCUCUCAUCGCGAUUAUCCUUAUAAUUCUCGUGAUACUCAAGUUCAAGUCUCGAGGGGACACCUCUUACAAAGUGGAGGAACACAAGAACUACCAACAACAAGGGCCCAAUGCCGCUCUAUUAGGAGCGGCGGCCGGUAGCGGCAGCAAUACCAACGGUCAAUACCCUCUAAAUGGGGCACUAAGGAACGGCGACAAAACGCAACAAAUGCAGCAGCAAGCGUACGCCGCUCAACAGCAACUCGCCGCGCAGCAGAAGAAGCGCGGCAGCAAGGACAUCAAGGAAUGGUACGUGUAAGCCGGUGAAAUGUGCGCGCGUGCCAUCCGGGUUGCCCGGUGGCGAAACGAGACACUCCGAGCCAUAGAAACUUUCAAGAUAUGAACUGUUAAUGCAAGACGCGGCAAGCAUAAUAAACAUAAACAUUUUGUGUGAACACUGUUAGCAUCCAACCUACGCAGAAAUAUUAAUGGACAGACAAGGCUUAAAAUCGUAACUAACGAAAAAAUGUGUACAAUUAGCAAAACCAAAGAGAGUAAUACCUACGAGAAAUGUUAAAAUGCUCAUAAUGCAAAUAUUUUACAAAAAAGUAAUACACCCCGAAAAAUUAUAUUAUUAUACAGAAUAAAAAAAGUGUAGAAGAAGUGCCACCGCAUUGAUAGCAACUGAACGAAGAAAAUGUCAAAUUUUGGCAUUACCUAAUAACAUAAAUGAGUAAAAUUUAUAAUUUUACAAACUAUAUGUAUCAGCUGAGAAUCAGGUGGCAUUUCAAUGAGCUAGGGGUACAACUUAGCACACACGAAUGAAGCUACACUAAUUAAUUAAAAUAAUUAAUUAAGAGCAAAUCGUAAGCAAGAUAAUGCUGUAAAACUGUUGAAAAUUGUUGAACCUUCAUCCUAAAUCAAACAUUUUAACGCUAAGCAUCGAUCAUCAUUCAUUCAAGUGCGCGUCAUCGAAACAUUUAAACUUAAACAACUAACACGUAAGAGAACUCGAAUGAUACCUAUAUAGGAAACGAUGAUAAGAGGUGAUUGUAUAAAGUGUGCAAAAAAAAGUAAAAUUGAGGCAUGAUUGUCACUCGACCCAUUCACCAUUUCUUACAUUUAAUGACUACGAUAGUUACUAUUAAACUACCUAAAUUAAAUUACCUGUAUUCAAUUUGAAUGAAAGUUUUGCAUUAACCAUUUUACAUUCUAAGCUUCGUUUAGUUCGUUGUAGAUCUCACCACUUAGACUACUCACUACGGAAUAUCCAUCAUGAUAAGACAAUGGCAUAUUCUGACGACUGACGUUUCUAAACGAAAUCUACUUAAUUUAAACUGUAUGUACUUAAAUGACGACGGGCAAGAUGAAGGAAACAUACGGCAAUGAAACAAAAUGCACAUUUUACAGAUUGAUUAAGGAUCCAUAAUGAAACCAAUUAGUUUUAGCGACUUGAACACACAAACACACAAAAAGUAAUACAGAAAUAAAGCGCAAAAGAUACAUGUUGAUCACCAAGACUGCUCUUUGAACUGAUGAAAAAUAAUUCAACUGAAAAAUGAACGCAACAGAUAAAUAUCGCACGAAUCAUAUCAUUUUUUAGAUUGUCUUUUGUCUUCUUUUCGCUCUCCGUGGACUGAGAGUGAGAGCGCCACGAGUCUGAACACUAUCAAAGAUUUCGAAACCUACUUAACUAAAACAAACCUAGCUAGCAAAAUGAAGCAUUAACGAAGAAAACAAUCGAAAAUUGUAGAAUCGCGCGAAAACAAGAACCUAAGAGUCGCUUUUUUAGUUCCUAGUCAUGCAGAAAUUUACGUAGCUCAAGUCAUGUUUUCGUAAGAAAAAUUGUAGAACCAAACAAGAAACAAAAAAAUAACUAUUACAUAAAAAUUUACAUGCUAAGAAUGAAGAAAAAUUGGUAAAACAAAAUGGAACCUUUGUAAUAUACAAUUGUACAGUUAUUCGGAGCAUUUCUAGGUUAAAUCUGAUGAUUAUGGUGAUCGUGAAUUAUGUAAACUCAAUUUUCCGAUUUAAGCGAUAAGGACAUUUGUAAUUAUCACACUGUAUAAUCGUCGAGUCUCCCUUUCUAUACCCCGUUACCACCCUAGCGUCCUAAUCCUAUGAAUUAUAUAUAUAUCCGUGCCUGCUGACGAAUUUACUUUUAUCAUCUACAUUGAUAAGAAAUCAUGAUCAACAAAACGAUAAGGUGUUAGGAGAAUCAUCAAAACAUCACAAUUCACCACCCCAAAAAACGCCCGAAGAAUAAAACAAAUAACUAGCGCAAAUAACUAAAGUAAUUUAACUUUAUAUAUUACAAUAUAAAGUUUUUAAGUAAUAAAUUUUGCAGAGUGGCGCAGCCACUGGAUUAAAAUUGACAUAGAAAAGCGAUGUUUGAUGAUGGAGACAACACAAUAAAUCAUUAAUAUUAUUACUUAUUACUUAACUAAAUAAUUUUACCAUAAGUAAUAGCAAUAUACGACGACGAUGAGACCGCGGGGAUGAAGAAGAUCGAGUAACGUAAAUAAUUAAUCAUAUUAUUAUAGAUAUGCCAUUGCCCCGUAUGAUUUUCGUACAUUUAAUAAUAACGAUUACCUAAUGAAGUAAUGAAGAUAGUGAAUUGCAUCAAAUCCGCAAUAAAAAUUGAAUACAUUUCGUUGAAGAAAAACAUGUGCAAUUAUCGAAACGAUGAAAAAUUUG